AUGGUUCCUCACACUGAGAACAAGGUUCCUCACUCUGAGAACAAGGUUCCCUACUCUGAGUACAAGGUUCCUCACACUGAGGAUAAGUUUCCUCACUCUGAGCACAAGGAUCGUCACUCUGAGGACAAGGUCCUCACUCUGAGGACAAGGUCCUCACUCUGAGGACAAGUUUCCGCCCUCUGAAGGCAGGUUCCUCAGACUGAGGACAAGGUUCCUCGCUCUGAGGACAAGGUUCCUCACUCUGAGGACAAGGUUCCUCAUUCUGAGGACAAGGUUCUUCACCCUGAGGAGAAGGUUCCUCACUCUAAAGACAAG